AUGACAUCUAUACCACUUCUCCUUGUGUUGUUAAUCUUCCCWGCUCACCUGAUAAUACAUGGAAGGGUCGAGUGUGUUAACUCCAAACCAAUCGCAAGAAUUAUUAAGCGUUAUCUCAAUCGACCAAGUCUUCCAGUCAAGGAAAACCAAGCRCCAUGGCAUGUGUUUAUACCAACUGUACGCUGUAGUGGUGCGUUGGUUCAUGGACGUUGGGUUGUUACAGCCGCCUCGUGUUUUUCGCAGGACUCAGAACAAGAUUCACUGCCUAAAUUCCGAGUAAUGAGAGUUCGAAGCGAUGAUGGAUUCRCCAACCUUGAGACACCCCUYUUAGUACGAAUCGGUAACCACCAUGYAGAUGUUCAAAGUGCCGGAGAAGAUAUGAUUCCUGUUCUUGAGGUCAUCAUCUACCCUAAAUUCAAUGACAAGACCUUAGAUGGUGAUUUGGCCAUCUUGUUUUUAGUAAGAGAGCCGAUCUUGUCGAAAGUAAGCAAGAUAAACAUGUUGUCACGCGGACUUGUUUUACCCGACUUGAAUGACACCAAUUAUGACCGGUAYUAUGGGACGCUGACAGUGACGGGAUGGGGGCACAAAUCAGGUACCAGGAACCCCUUCCCGGUUCUACAUUCUGAUCUUGUAUCACUAACAUUCACAAAUAUCUGUAACGACACGACRAACUACAACGGAGUGGUGACCUCGAACAUGAUAUGCUCAGAGGGCCUAGCCUGYAGUGUUGAUGGUGGAAGCCCAUUAGUUGCUCAAGACAAAAAUAUUUCCAAGCUUCUUGGGGUAUUUUCUUGGGGACGAAGCUGUGCACUUGACAAGAAGCAAGCUGUGUAUACWAGAUUAGGCUCCGAUAUUCUACAAUGGCUAAUUAAUCGUAUUAAGAUCACAGCUGGUCAGCCAUCGAGUGUCGCAAAUAACCGCAGUUAA